GGAAGAGCUUGAUCGGUCGUACGGCCCUGGCAAUAACGUCGGAUGCCGGCGUCGGUGGCGACGUCGAUCGCGAGUGAAGGGCACGGACUAUGAGCGGCUACCUCGAUGACUUGAGCGAGCGCCAGCAAGCAGCGCUCGAAAAGUUUUGCAGUGCCGUCAAAGAUGUCCGGAGGCCCUCGCACACGGACGCUUUCUUGCUGCGCUGGUUACGCGCGCGGGAGUUCGACGUGGCCAAGGCGGAAAGCAUGUACCGGAAUGACCUCCAGUGGCGCAGAGAAAACGGCAUCGACGACUUACUGCACGGCUACAAGAUACCUGAUGUAAUAAAAGAGAAUUUUCCCGGCUUAGUUAUCCACCCAUGCAAGGACCAUCGACCCAUGUGGAUAAUUCCGGCAUGCGUCGAUAUGAAGUCGUUCGUGACAGCCCUCACACCAACAGUGGUGCAACGCCAUAUCGUGUACAUGUUGGAGUACUUGGAGUCACUUAAACGAACCUCCACGCCAGAGAUGGACAAGGAAUUGGAGUCCCAGUAUCUCGUGAUCGAUUUCGACAGGUUUAGCCUGCUUCAGGUGUACAGCUUGCAAGCAAUGAAGACGGCCACUGACAUGCUGAAGACGAUAGAAGAGCACUACCCUGAGUGUUUGGAAAAAUGCAUCUCGAUCAACGCUCCCCACUUCUUCCCAAUUUUCUGGCAACUGGUGCGGCCCUUCCUGAGUCAAAGGACAGUCGACAAGGUGGAAGUGUUUGGAAGGGAGGGCUGGAAAGAGCGUCUCCUGAACAUCGUGGACGCGGCUUCUCUUCCCGCCAUCUGGGGGGGAGACAUGACGGGCCCCGACGGAGACCCACGAUGCCGGCAUAAGGUUAAUUACGGCGGACGGUUCGAGGAAGGCUUCGACCGUGAGGCGAAUUCACUUUUCGGAGAGGUGGGCGUCCAGCAGCGGAUCAUCGGCCGCCGCGACAGGUGGGAGCUGCCGAUCAGUGUGUCGAAGGUAGGCGCCCGGCUCAGCUGGCGCUUCCAGACGGCCGCUGGAGACCUGGCCUUCGGACUCCGCACGAGCAGUGGAAAGUCUAUAGUUCCCCUAAAACGUAUCGAGGCAUGCAGCUACAUCCCUCAAGGUGGAAGCUGGCAGUGCGAUACACCUGGAAUAUACGUGCUCGAGUUCGACAACACCCACAGCUGGCUAAGCGGCAAGACACUGGCCUACAUGGUGAACUUACGUGCACCUGAAGAGUGCCCUUGACGGACUGACGCGUUCCAACAGAGCAGAUGCGAUCAGCAUGAAAUAAAGGGUUUUCCAAGCCUGCAAAACGGAACGUCUUCAUUGCUGUUUCAAAUGGAAAUGGCACUAUCCCCUAGGCAGGACUGGUCAUUAAUUUUUGGUAACAGGAGGCAAGGGAACCUGAGAAAGAAGGCAUCCAAAUGAAAUUUACUGGACGU